GUUUGCUUCACCCAUCCGUCCUCAUCCUCUCUCUAGAUAUAAGCCAGCCUCUAGCUAGCUGCACAGCUCAUAGCAACCAUGGCUGCUGAUAAGCUUGCUGCCUUGGUUCUGGUAGCAUUGCUGGGUUGUGUGGCGCACACAUGCCAAGCGAGCUACAGGUAUCCUAACCCAUUGCCGCCCACCCCAAGCCCACCACCUCCUGCGGCACCCGCACCAGCAGUACUCACCGUGGGCUACUACCACAAGACGUGCCAUAACGCGGAGAAGAUCGUGAGGGAGGUCGUCGAGGAUGCUGUAAAAGCCAACCCAGGCAUCGGCGCCGGGCUCAUCCGCCUCUUCUUUCACGACUGUUUCGUCAGGGGUUGUGAUGCCUCGGUUCUCCUUGACAACACCACGGCCAACCCGCAACCGGAGAAAUUCGGCAUCCCCAACUUCCCCAGCCUCCGCGGUUUCGAGGUGAUCGACGCGGCCAAGGAGAAGCUUGAGAAGGAGUGCGAGGGCGUCGUCUCCUGCGCUGACAUCGUGGCCUUUGCGGGGCGCGACGCCACCGUCUUGCUAAGCGGAAAAAAGAAGUUCAGCUUCCUCGACUUCCUAUGGGGUGGCUGGAAGUCCGGCUUCGACAUGCCGGCCGGUCGCUACGACGGGAACGUGUCCCUCGCCAGUGAGACCCUCCCCAACCUCCCCCCUCCCUUCGCCAACGUCAGUGUCCUCGAGGAUAUGUUCAGGGUCAAGGGGCUCAGCCUCGAGGACAUGGUCACCCUCUCGGGCGCCCACACGGUCGGGAUCUCCCACUGCUCGUCCUUCCGUGACCGCCUCCCCCCAAACCCCUCAUCGAUGGAUCCUACUUUAGCCGCAUCCCUGCAGGGGCAGUGCAGCCGCGGCGGCGACCCCACUGUGGUUCAGGAUCCCGAGACUCCCGAUGACCUGGACAACCAAUACUAUGACAACGUGCAGAAACGCAAGGUGCUGUUCAAGUCAGACGCCACGCUCCUGUCAUCUCAGACCACAUUGAGAUUGGUGGACAACCACGCCAAGGACCCGCAGGAGUGGUUGAAACAAUUUAAGGCGGCUAUGGUGAAAAUGGGCAGCAUCGAGGUGAAGACCGAGGCCAACGGGCAGAUCAGAAAGCACUGCCGGUUUGUCAAUUAACCAGCUCACGAACGGCUGAUCAGAAUAUGGCGUGCCUCGUCUUGAGUUCUGGACUCCUCACAACGGAGAGUAAUCAGAAUAAGCUCGUGCUUUUGUGUGUGCUAGCUAAGUCACCGGUGCUGUUUUUUCCCUACGAAAGUGUGUUUCAUUGGUUCAUUCUUUGCACUACAUCUGUAUUGAAUUUUUUGGUGUACUUUAUUACGAAGAGAUGAGAUUGUCAAAGUAUCCUCAGUUUGCUUAAA